CUUCUUUAUUUCACGCCUUUUGACUUCAAUUAGAUUUCUAUUUCGUGCAGUGCAUAAAUUCACUGUUCCUUCCAAUUGAAUAGCCAUUCACUACUAAAGGUUAGUUAAAGCCAUGGGUAGUUCAACUCAGAGAUGGGUUAUACUUCUUUCUAUGUGCCUCUUGCUGCAACAAUUUGGCUUUGUCUUCACCGCUCAUGUUCAGAGAAACAAGCACAAACACAYMCCGCUUCAUAACGACAGCAACGACAACGAAGUGUUUGUUCACGGAGGUCAUGUUGUUUCAGACAUAGAGGAAGCCCGUGGAGAAAAAAGAUUCAUUGCAGGUGUAAAGUUUAUUGGAUCAAAGCUUCUGAAAGGGAUUACCUUUGGUUCUUAUGGAGUAGCKUUUGGUUCAACUGUUCUGCAGGCCAUUGCGGGCUGCAAAGUAACUCAGCCGUCAAUCGAAACCGACUUCAACACGUUUGAACAACUCCAAAACGAGUACAACCAGAUUAAGGAGCAGAUAAGAGAUUUGUCAAGACUGG